AUGAAUUUGAGCCUCGUAGCUAACUUCCCCACGGGAUGGCGAGAUCAUUCCAGGUCUCCACCCAACCAAGCUUUCCACGAUGACUCGAGAGAGAGAGACUCUCGGUACCGGGACGAUGAGGACUACGACAAUGAAUACUCAAAACGAGGUGGCGCAUCUCGAGAUGCGCGCUACAACGCCAGCGACGAACAUGACUACCGAGGCAUGUACGAUGAUGGUUACGUUGACGAAAGCGACCAAGGAAGACGGCGUCACGAGGAAGACAAGCAUCAAGGUACCAGAGGGCGAUAUCGCGACAACGAUGACCCGCGGUCCCAAUCUCCGUCUGGAAGCUACCAGAACAACCUUCGCUCCAACAGCCCGACACGAGAGGCAGGCAAGCCCAGCGACACCAUCAUUCUCGAAGGCCUGCCGUUCAGUAUAUCGUCGAAUGAGCUUCGAGACAGUAUCCUGAGCAACACAGUUGUCGCCGAGUACCCGUCAAUAGACGUGCGCAUUUCCGCUUCCAAAGGAAAUCGCAGAGCGUUUGUGCAGUUCCAGGAAGUCGAUCAUGCUGUUGCUUUUAUGAGAGAGCAUUAUCCAAAGCUUCUUGUUGAGAUGACGCACUCCACUGAUGAUGUCCCAGAAGGGAAAUUCGAUGCGUACAUCCACUACGCUCGAAGCCGAGAUUCGCGUGAUGCGACUGAUGUCCGUGGCAUCCCAGGUGCUGAUUGGACUUGUCCUACUUGUGACUUUUCCAACUUCUCUACCCGUAUUAAAUGCAAGAUCUGUGGUGGCCCUCAAGCUGUGCCAUCUCCAGCGUGGCAACUGAACCUCACCGGCAUGGCAGAUGCCUCGGAUGUACCUGCACAAAUUCUUGUUGUCUAUCCCCUGGCAUCAUUCGUGACAGAGGAUAUGCUCGCAAGCGAUAUGAAGCGUCUAGAGCUUGUCAAACCGGAGAAAGACAAGGAUACCUCAAACGGGGGGCCAAAACUGAAGUCCACAGCGCCAACUGGUGACACAACAGGCUACGGCGCUCGACCUGGAUCCCUACAUCGAGUCUUUCUCAUGCGCGACGCCGGCACUGGUGAAUCUUUCAAAUACGGGUUUGCUGAGUUCUGGACUGUGGAAGAUGCGACAGCUGCUAUGACCAAAUUCCAGAAGUCCAGGUCGUUCACCGUUGCCGCCUGCCCAGUAACGGUAGCAAGCACUCAUAUGGGUGUUUUCCUGCCCGAAGAACGAGAGGUUGUGCCAGCCAUCGAACACAUGUCGUUCAAUCCUCUGUUCAACCCAAGCCUUCGUGUUCGUUACAGAGAUUACCAUCUCUACCCUAGUCAGCAGAUCGUCACCGAGCAGCCCCCAGAAGGUGACAGGGUCUCGCAGACACGCGAAGAGGAGGAGAACGACAAGAAGUCAAAGAAGCGCAAAGCAGAUGGAAACCUGGCUGCCUCGUCCACAAAGAAGUCUGCGCCUGUGAUGGCGGGCCGUAUGGCUAUGUGGCAGCAGAAGAGUAACGAGCUUCGCGAGGAGAAGGAGAACAGACCGGCGAGACCAGCGAGACCAGGCAAGGCUGAGUUCAGCGAUGUGAACCGAACACCGCUGCGUAUAAAUCUCUCGGGAUCUGGUGCAGAUAUGGCCAAGCCUCAAAGCGCUAUCAAGAUCUCUAUCUCCGGAGUAGCGAAGCUUGAUGCCCCUGAGACCGCAGCUCUUGAGAAGCAGGCUUCACCUGACGAGACCGGCACGCCUGGUAGUUCCACGCAGCCAGCGGCGACUUCAGAGGAACCCCCAGUCUCCUAUGUUGACCGCGAUCGACUGAUGUGUCUGAUUUGCAUGCGCAAAUACAAGUCUGUCAAUGAAGUCAACAUCCACGAAAGAUCGCGGAACCACAAGACUGCGACGGAAAAUGAGGAUCAAGUCAAAGCUGCAUUGCCCAGACUAGCGGUACGCGACAAGAGACUCCAGAAGCAGAUUCAGGAGAACCCCGAUGCUGCAGCUGCAGCAUCACAGUAUCGUGAUCGUGCUAAGGAGAGGCGAGCUGUCUAUAACCAACCCACGAAACCCACAACCGCAACGCCAGGGAAACCCAAGUCCGCCCCCAAGGUAGAAGAUGCGGCGCCGGCUCCGAAGCCUGCCCAGUCCAAGGGAGCAGGUAUGCUGGCCAAGAUGGGUUGGUCUACCGGCGCAGGCCUGGGGGCCAAUGGAGAUGGGCGAACUGAAGUCAUCGAGACCAACGCUUACCAAGAAGGCGUCGGACUGGGUGCGGAGGGUGGUAAUUUGGGCGAUGCGGCCCAGUUGGCUGAACGCAAGACAAAGGACACUUACGCCGAUUACGUGAACACCGUGCAGGACAAAGCACGGGAACGGUACAACAAGUUGGGCUAG